AAAACUGUGCUUGUUAAAGCCACCUUUGUCCCUGAGGAGCUUUAGAGCUUUACUGUAUCAGAAUCAGAGGUAUCGAUCCGCUCACGGAGGCUGCUACCUGAGUUACAGAAGAAUGGCUCGUAAGGCUGUCUGCUGUGGCCUCAGCAGUCUGGAGCUGAUGCUCAUUGUUCUGUUCCUGCUGAUGACUGGAAUCACUAUCGGACUGAUCACUGUGUUAGCCAUCAACCUCAACUCCCAAACACCGGAGCCGGAGGAACCGACUCCAUCAGUAUCGCCUCCAGAGAACCCCUACCUGAUUGGGGUGGGCAGAGCAGACUGCACUGGACCAGUUGCGGAUGUCCCCCUGAUGGGCUACGCCAACCCGGAUCAGACUGCAGGUGGGAUCCACACUCGUCUGUUCAGCAGGGCCUUCAUUGUGGACGAUGGAAGCAAGAGGGUGGUGUUCGUGAACGCAGAUAUUGGCAUGGUCUCUCAAAGACUGAGACUAGAGGUGCUGAAAGAGCUGGAGCUGAAGUACGGAGAUCUCUACAGGCAGGAAAACGUAAUUCUGAGUGGAACACACACACACUCCGGCCUGGCGGGCUAUUUCCAGUACACACUCUUUAUCAUCACCAGUAAAGGUUAUAUCAAGUCAUCCAUCCAACCCAUUGUCAACGGAAUUGUGAAGAGCAUUGAUGUGGCCCAUAAGAAUAUGAGACCUGGGAGAAUAUUUGUGAGCAAAGGAGAAAUUGUGGGCAGUAAUCUCAACAGGAGUCCACACUCAUACCUGAACAACCCUGAGGAGGAAAGAAACAGAUAUAAGUCCAAUACAGAUGAGCAGAUUGUGACUCUAAAGUUUACAGAUUUGGAUGGAGAUGGAAUGGGGGUUUUCAGCUGGUUUGCUGUUCAUCCAGUAAGUAUGAAUUACACCAAUCGCAUGGUGAGCUCGGAUAACCUCGGCUACGCCUCCUAUCUGUUCGAGCAGGAGAAAAACAUUGGCUACUUACCCGGUGAGGGUCCAUUUGUAGCAGCGUUUGCAACUGCCAACAGCGGGGAUGUGACUCCUAACACUCGUGGUCCGUACUGUAUAAACACAGGAGAGAGAUGUGAUUACCUCAACAGCUCCUGUCCCAUCGGUGGGACUAGAAUGUGUGUUGCCUUUGGGCCGGGGAACGACAUCUUUGACAGCACCAGGAUUAUAGGAGAGAAUAUCUACAGAAAGGCGAAGGAGCUUUAUGGCAGUGCUAAACAGGAGCUGCGGGGGAGUGUCCAUGCUGCUCAUCAGUGGGUCAACAUGACAGACGUCACUGUUCAACUUGACUCCACCCACAGUGUUAAGACCUGUAAACCUGCACUCGGGCACAGCUUUGCUGCAGGAACAAUAGACGGAGGAGGAGAUCUGAACUUCACACAAGGGGCAGUUGAAGGAGAUCCGUUCUGGGAUGGUAUUAGGGACGCUCUCUUAGGUGCACCAUCCAAAGAGAUUCAAGAAUGUCACAACCCCAAACCUAUUCUCUUCAGCACUGGAGAGAUGAACUGGCCGUUUCCGUGGCAUCCAGACAUUGUAGAUGUUCAGAUUAUCACCAUUGGUUCGGUGGCCAUAGUGGCUGUUCCAGGAGAGGCAACAACAAUGUCAGGAAGAAGGAUCAGAGAAGGCGUUAAACAGGAGCUGGAGAAGAAUGCUGCGUUCACCAAUUCAGAAGUUGUCAUUACUGGCCUUUGCAACAUCUACACACACUACAUCACUACUUAUGAAGAGUAUCAGGUGCAGCGAUAUGAAGGUGCUUCCACUAUUUAUGGUCCUCACACUCUCUCAGCCUACAUCCAGCACUUCAGAGGCCUGGCCAGAGCCAUAGCAGAGGGUAAAGUGGGGGAGCUGCCAAAGGGUCCUGAACCUCCGUUCUUCAGUAAUCUCUUCUCUCUACUGGGGGAGCCGCCUGUGGAUAGAAGCCCAGAAAACACCACAUUUGGAGACGUCCUGCAGCAGGUUCACCCUGUGUAUAAAGUGGGAGAGGUUGCUUCUGUGACUUUUGUAGCUGGGAACCCCAGAAACUCCGGGGAAAUGAGAGACAAGACCUUCGUCACAGUGGAGAAGUUUCACAACAGCACCAGCACAUGGGAGGUUGUUCAUACAGAUGCAUCAUGGGAGACCAGGUUUUACUGGAUUAAGGGGACUGCUAAUCAGAGUAAUGCCACUGUGGAGUGGCACAUCCCUCUCUCAGCAGAGUCCGGCACCUACAGGAUCCGACACUUCGGCCACUACAAACAGCGCGUGAUAUUUCCUGUGAUCACUGCAUACGAGGGAUCUUCACACACGUUCAGAGUCACCAAAACACUCUAUUCUCUAUAAAUUUAUUCCUGUAUAGUACAUAAGGAGCGCAAUGUUUAGUAAAAUUUAAUGUCUGUCCUAAAGUAUGUUUUACUGCUGCAAAUUAGGCAAUGUUUAGUAAUCCUAAUGCAGUUAUUACACAAAUAUUUUGCGUCAAUACUACUCAUAUAACUUGUAUUAUAUUUACUAACUUAAUGAAUUUUUAUUUUCAGUGUACACAGGUACACAGCAGGUUUAUUGCCUGCUUUCUAUGUUAUAGGCUGUAAGAGCAAGUAUAGUUUUCUGAGCUGGUAACUCUGUGUUGGCUAUAUGUAAUGCUGUUCAUAACACAUAUGCUUUCUUAAUUACAUUUUUUUUUAAAUGUGUAUUUUACUUAAAUUAAAUAAUAAAAAUAAAGAGUAAAUAAAUA